UUGGCGUGCGUGAGGAUUACGCACGCCGGCUGACGCUACGGGACGACGCCGCAGCAUCGUCCCGUAGCGUCCUCCCAUCGGGACGUCCUGAUGCGCUGAUAAGCAGGAGAGCAGUGACAGUUCAGCCCGGAGCAAACAGAAUGUCGUCCAGCAAAACGUGAAGGAACCAAGUCGACAAGUCACCGAGGUUUUUAUUGAUGAGGAACGAACAAGUGGUCCGAACUGAGGACUGACAACUGAUCCAGGCUGUGGUUCAGAACUCUGUGAGGAACUCGAAGGAACGCCGUGUUUCCCGGGUGGAUUAUGGUCGAGCCGCGGUCACACAAGACACUCUCUCACUCCAUCGACAUGAUCCUGGCUAGAGAAGGGUCUCAGGGAAGACCCUCAGCAGGUCUUAGGGACCAGGAGACUGGACAUGAGGAGACCCACACUCCUGAGGAGACCCGGGAUACCAGACCCGCGGAAACCCGGAAGACCAGAUCGUGCCGGGUCUCUCUGGCCCGCCGGGUCCGGACCACCUUCAGCGUGGAGCAGCUGCAGGGUCUGGAGUCGGCCUUCAGGACGGCCCCCUACCCCUCCGUGACCACCAGGGAGACGCUGGCCGCACAGACACGCCUGUCUGAGGGCAAGAUCCAGAUUUGGUUCCAGAACCGGCGAGCUAAGUGGCGUCGGUGCGAGGGCGGGGCCAGCGCGUGCCCCUACUCAGAACCCGACACGCCCAUGUAUGUCCUUCCUCCACUACCCGCCCUCUGGCUAGCACCGACCAAUCACCUUCCAGUACACCACACAGCGUUCCUGGCCGUCACCCAGGGAUACUCAGCUGUCCCCGCCCGGCUCCGCCCCCUGGGGCUGGAGACCCGGGCCCGCCUCCAGCCCCACCCACAGUCCGGCCCCUACCUACCCCACAGCAGGCCCCCCAGGGUCUGGGUCUCCAGGGGGGCUCUACCCCUCCAGGGACAUGGUCAGUGUGUUUAGACCCAAUCCCAUUUCUACCCCUUACCCCUUCCCCUUACCCCUCCCCACUGUUUUGAAGGGGGAAGGGGAAGGGGGGAGGGGGAGGAAUGGGAUUGGGCCUUAGUGUCACACAACUGGUGUAUAUUUUUAUUAUUUAGAAGUGCCUUUACAUAGUCCCUUUUAUGCAAAUCAUCAGAAAUACUAUCUGUAAUAUAUGGCUCAAAGAUGUGGUCACUUCUCAGAUAGCGUACUAACCGUGUUUCUACUGAAGAGUUUUUGAUGUCACAAAGAUGUAAAUAAACAAAAUUUUAUACUA